UGUCUCAGAGCGCGCGCGCGGAUAGCACACUGAGCACCCUGCCGCACCUAUAGGAGCGUUUGCUCGCGGUCCCAGAAGAUGGUCUGAACUCACGCGCUUUCCACCCCUUCAAGAGCUCUCGCGGAGUGCCGCAAUGUUGACUAGGCUGUUCAGUGACCCGUCGCUGCUUCCCGACAUGCAUAAGUAUUCGGCCUGGGCAGAGGACAGCGAGAGCGAGGACUCGAAGACCAAGGAUGAUGAGGAUCACUGCCGCGUGGGCGAUGACGACAUGGAUGUCCCCGACCUGAGAAGCAGCCGGGCACAUUCUGAGAUCGGCGGUGAAGACGAGGACGACGACGAGGCGGAUGAGGACGAAGGAGAGGACGGUGCAGAGGGGGACGGGCCCAAAAAACGGGGCCCUAAGAAGCGUAAAAUGACACCUGCGCGUAUCGAGCGAUCCAAGUUGCGUCGUCAAAAGGCAAACUCACGGGAGAGGACACGCAUGCACGACCUGAACUCUGCGCUCGACAAUCUGCGUAAAGUCGUGCCCUGUUACUCAAAAACGCAGAAGCUCUCCAAAAUUGAGACUCUCCGUUUGGCCAAGAACUAUAUCUGGGCCCUCUCUGAGAUCCUGCGCUCCGGGAAGAAGCCUGAUCUUGUGUCUUACGUGCAGACGCUGUGUAAAGGACUGUCCCAACCCACGACCAACCUGGUUGCGGGUUGUCUGCAGCUCAACUCCCGAAACUUCCUAACGGAGCAGUGUCCGGAGGGGGGACGGUAUCCCAGCUCCAACUCCUUCUCCAUGCAUCCUUACCCCUACCAGUGCUCCCGCCUCUCCAGCCCUCAGUACCAGUCUGGUUCCAACUCGCAUCCCUUACGGACACACGGGUACUGCUCAGCCUACGAUUCGCUGUACGGUGGCAGUGGAUCUCCAGAAUACAACAGCCCAGAGUAUGAGGGGCCCAUCUCCCCUCCCGUGUGCAUCAAUGGCAACUUUUCUCUGAAGCACCAGGGCACUACGUCCCCCGAGGUAGCCGAGAAAGGCUAUCAUUACUCUAUGCAUUACUCCGGCCUGGCCGGCUCUCGCCCCACUGCUGGCCACAUAUACGGUUCUUCAGGGGUGCGGAGCAGCAUCCACUCCGAAAACGUAUCGCCUUACCACGACAUGCACCUGCACCACGAAAGGGCCCCCGUCCCCGUGUACGAUGAACUCAAUGCGUUUUUCCACAACUGAAACAGCAGUAAUUUUGCCAUGCGUGGGAGUCUUCUUGCAAUCAACAAUCAAUUAGUUGCCCACCUUUGGCAAGGCGCGUGCACGGUCACACCCCCUCCCCUAAAACUUAGUCCCAAAGGACUAUGACACCAGACACGGAUCAUUGUGGAAAAAACGUUUUAUUUAUUGUUUUUCUAUGUCCUUUUAUAUAAUUGUAUUUAUUUUGUAUCUAUUCUGUGACGAUGGGAUGCUGUGAAAAUGUUGCAUUUGAAAUGGAAUGUGUACAGAUUUGACGGUGAUUGACGUAUGGAUUAUUAUUGAAAUAGCUAGUUAAACAGAGUUAAAAUGCAACCCCAUAGUCACGUUUAUAACAUUGUAACAACCGAUGAUGCUGUAACUAAUUUGGAAAUAGAGGAUUCAAUUAAGAAGCAAGCAGUGCACUUAAAAGCAAGCAUGUCGAAGAGAUAGGAAGAUAUAUAUUUUCAAAUGUCGACAAAUGGCAACAGCUAUGUCAGAACAUUAAACAUAUUUCACCUCUAUGCAAGAAAUAGCCUACG